UUGGCAUGAUCCUGCUGAUUGCCAAGAAUUCUUAUGAGUGACUGGUGCUAGUUGUCUUCAUGGGUUGCUACCAUUCAAAGAGAACUAAAAAGACACCUGGGUACGAGGAGCCAACAGUUCUUGCUGCUGAAACACCCUUUCCAGUUAGCGAAGUAGAGGCCUUGUAUGAACUCUUUAAGAAACUAAGCAGUUCAGUCAUUGAUGAUGGGCUUAUUCACAAGGAAGAACUUCAGCUUGCACUAUUCAGGAACAAAAACAAGAGGAACCUUUUUGCAGACAGGACUUCUUAUUUAUUUGAUGUCAAGCGCAAUGGAGUAAUUGAGUUCGGAGAAUUUGUUCGAUCUUUGGGUGUCUUUCAUCCAAAUGCACCAGUUGAAGACAAGAUCCAUUUUGCUUUCAGAUUAUAUGAUUUACGGCGAACUGGUUUCAUUGAACGAGAAGAGUUGAAGGAGAUGGUAAUGGCACUUCUGCAUGAAUCUGAUCUACUGCUGUCCGAUGACUUUGUUGAAAAAAUUGUCGACAAGACAUUUCGUGAUGCAGAUUUGAAAGGUGAUGGAAAAAUCGAUCCUGACGAGUGGAAGGAAUUUGUGUCGAAGAACCCUUCUCUUAUAAAGAACAUGACUCUACCUCAUUUAAAGGAUUUAACUUUGGCGUUUCCCAGCUUCGUGUCAAAAACUGAAGUUGAAGAUUCAGAAAUGUAGCAGAAAGUUAUCAAUCAUGUCUUUUCUAGCAAUGGUGAUCCGUGCAUUUUAAACCAGCUCUAUUUGGGAGAUGUUGGAAUUUGCAUGAGUGUCGAUACAAAAGGUACACAGACUUCAGGUUAAUCACAACCUCCUCAGUGCAGCCGAGAUCUGGUCUACAGGGUGCAACUUAUUUGACGUCAUAUAAACUUCGUUA